CUAAGACAUUCAAUGCAGUGUUUAAUUUGAAUUCUAAAGAAAAUGUAUCAACUUUGCACAUUCGCUCUUGUAACCUUUUGCUUGGUAUUCGGUGUUCAUGGGGCAUUGGAACCUGUUGAAGUUGCCAAUAAAACCUACACAAUUAAAACUACCACUAAGCAAUCUUGGUUCAAAGCUGAACAACUUUGCAAUUUAGACGGCUUGACUUUGGCUACAAUCACUUCGGCAGAUGAUAAUGAUAACUUAAGUGAUGCUUUGGAUACCGCAGGUGUUUCUUCAGGUGAAUUUUGGAUUGGUGGAACUGAUAACGCUUUAACUGGUGAUUGGUAUUGGCUUGGUUCAGGCGUACCAGUUGUGUAUAAUGAAUGGAUAAAGGGCAAGCCUGGUAAUGCUAAUAAAAAUGAUCAUUGUAUGUCCUUAGUGGAUUAUUCAUGGACUGUGUCCAAUUGUGAAAAAAAAUUAUUUUACAUUUGCCAAAAUCAAUGUUAAAAAUAAAUAAAUGGAA